AUGGCGAACCCCAGCAGCUCUCGGCCUAAGGGCGAUGAGUCAGAGAAGGACAAAAAUACUGCAGCACCGCCGCCGCUGGAUGCAGCAGACAUAGACAUCCUCAAGCCUUCGGACUUGGCCCGCAAGCAGCAGCAGCAGCAGCAGCAGCAGCAGCAGCAGCAGGGCAGCAAGCGCGGCAAGAGGCAGCAGCGCGCUGCGGCUCCGAAGGCGCUGCCGCCACCGGCCAAACGCAGGGCCAGCAGCACCAAAUGA